AGAAAAGAAAAAAAAGCGGAAGACAGUCGGCUGACUUAGGUCACGUGGUUUUUGCUAUGAGCUAGUUAAACAGAAAAAUAGUGAGUAGUAGUUGUACGUAGAACAGUUGAAAAGUCAAAUCAUUUCGGCUCUGUGGUAUUUACAUUGUCACCAUGCAGGACGUCUUCAAUUCUGUGAAAGGCACAGCUCUAGGAGUGGCUGAGUUUCUAACGCCCGUCCUGAAGGAAUCCAAAUUUAAAGAAACUGGAGUUAUAACUCCUGAGGAGUUUGUUGCUGCAGGAGACCAUCUAGUCCAUCACUGCCCCACGUGGAAAUGGGCAUCUGGAGAAGAAGCAAAGGUGAAGCCGUACUUGCCCAAGGACAAGCAGUUUUUGUUAACCCGUAAUGUUCCAUGUUACAAGCGUUGUAAACAGAUGGAGUACUCUGAUGAGCUGGAGGCCAUUAUAGAAGAGGACGAUGGAGAUGGAGGAUGGGUUGACACUUAUCAUAACUCUGUGACCGGUGUGGCGGAAACAGUUCGUGAAAUCUCCUUGGAUAAUAAAGAUAAUAUGAAUAUGAAUGUGCACUUGGGCAGAGGAAUUAGUGAUGAUGACGAUGAUGAAGUGGAGGCAGCAGAUAUGAAGGAGUAUGAAGAAAGUGGACUUUUGGAAACAGAUGAGGCCACUCUUGACACAAGUAAAAUGGCAGAUACAGCUAAAUGGAAGGCUGAGGCAGGCGGAGAAGAUGCCAUUCUUCAGACAAGAACCUAUGAUCUAUACAUAACUUAUGACAAAUACUAUCAAACUCCUAGGCUGUGGCUUUUUGGAUAUGAUGAGGAAAGACAACCCCUCACUGUUGAUCAGAUGUAUGAGGACAUCAGCCAGGAUCAUGUGAAGAAAACAGUCACCAUUGAAAACCACCCCCACCUGCCUCCUCCUGCUAUGUGCUCUGUGCACCCAUGCAGGCAUGCCGAAGUGAUGAAGAAGAUCAUUGAAACUGUGGCUGAAGGUGGAGGAGAGCUUGGGGUUCAUAUGUACCUCUUGAUUUUCCUGAAAUUUGUGCAAGCUGUUAUUCCAACAAUAGAAUAUGAUUACACAAGACACUUCACUAUGUAACUUUCCAGGAUAGCAGCUGGAGCUCUUCAUUGAAGGCUGUAUGGAAGUGCAGGCAGAGGCCAGCAGCACAUUUACACAUGAUGUUUUAAAUAAUUAAAGGCUUUGCAUGGGUAAGAGGGUUAAAUAAAUAAUUACUACAUUAUUCCCAGCUGCAACUCCAUACAGCAAAUUCCAGUCUCAUUUUCAGAGUCAUUCUCAUUCUUGCCUAAUGCUGAAAAGUUUUAUAUUUACACUGGAUUGGAACACCACCAACAGGCACUCUCUUAUGUAUUACUGGUGAAUAAAUUGCUUUAAUAAAUAAUGAUUACGCUAACCACCAUUACUUCCGCUUAUUGCAAUUUCUGACUAGGUGUGGAAUAAACAGUGUACAGUGUUGCACCUGUCGAUUCUCAUAAAGUUGUAUGAUUUUUGUCAAGUUGUUUGACUCAUUUUCUAUUUGAAUGUUGGAAUUAUUAUCCAGGCUCCAGACCACUGUUGUGUUGAGAUACAGAGGGCAGGACUGCUUAGAGUGCUGCUUACAGAUUGUGCCAGAUGUCGUUGCAUUUGUUUCGUUUUUUUCAUGAGAUUUGUCAAACUAGGGAGAUCCAAACUUGGCCAGGAUGUCAGAAACAUCUACAGUACUUCUGAUAUUCUUAGGGAAGUGGCUAAUAGGUUGUUAAAGUAUCAUUCACAGAAUUGUCAAAUGUUUCAACGCUGGUGUUUUUAUUUCUCUGUUCUCUUGUCUGUUCCUGCCAGGGGCAGCACAUUAUCACAAUAUACCCCUGUGCAUGCAUUAUAUUUGGGCCGUACUCAUGUUACCUUUCCAAAUAAAGCAUUUGCAUACUCC